AUGUCUAAGCCAAAAAUUUCCGUCUAUUUUUUCACCAAUGGGCAACCUUUUAAACCUCCGCACAAGGUUGUGAUUGCUCGCCAGAAGUUAGAGGAGAAUCAGGUUAUAGAACGUAUCCAUCGUCUGCAUUAUUACAAUGGCUAUGUAGUCUAUACGUUGUUCGGACAGCCUUUGCGCUCAAUUCAGGAAGUUCACGAUGAUUCCGCCUUUGUUGCCGUACCACGUGAUCAAUGUUUCCAAGCGGGGCCUUACGUAAAAAUAUUUCGCCAGUACAUAGACGAAAAAUUACCUAUUUCAGAUGGAAAAAAAUCUGACAAAAAGAAAAAACCUAUCACAAAACCCCUAGGCACCAGCUAUGGCUGUAAAUCGCCAGUUCCACGGCUAGCUAAGGAAGUUCGUUUCUGCCCCGGAUGCCGCCAUGUGGCGGUCGAUAUGCGCUGCCAGGAUUUCGGCACAACUACUACUCGAGGCAAGCAGGAUACCUGCGUGUGCCGAAAUAUUGAUCCACAUGGUGAGUGCGUUCCACUUCCGAUUCGGCCGAAACAUAAAAUUAGAAGAAAGAAGCAUGGCCGAAGCUGGAGCAGUUGUUUCCGAAAACGAGAGGAAAAGAAAGAACCGAUUAUACGCAUGCGAAAACGGGACAUAGAACAAAUGGAACAGGCAAGAGCGAAGAAAAUGCGAAAACCAAAGGCUCGACAACGGAAGGGUUGUUGCGGUGGACCAACCACCAAAGAAGAGCAAUACAAGAAAGAACGGGAUAAGUUAAUCAAACAACGUAAGAAACGACUUGAAAAUGAAGAGAAACGUAAGCUGAAGGAACAGAAGGCUGCACAGAACCGGAUUAGAAGCCGACGGCGACGGCAGCAAUGCAUGGCCCGGUGCUGUCCGUGUUGCGUGAAAAAACCGGAACCAAUAUGGCGCCAGCCAGCGCCUCAUAGCUGUGUGGAACACUUGAAAAAGGCACGUGAUCAAGCCAUACGGCGCAGAACGGCACUGGGCAUUCCAGAACAAUCUUCUUGGGAGAGCAUCAACUUUCCUCCCAGGUUUAAGAAAAAGAUAUGUAGCACCCAAACGACUAAGGAAGAUCUAAAAGAGGCUCGUAAGGCUGCUGGGAGUGGCUGGAACUGUUUUGGAGGAAAGAAAAAGAAAGCCGAGCCUGAGGAGGAUCUAUGCUGUAAAUGA